AUGACGGAGCCUGCGCGCGCUGAGAUCAGCGCGCCCAGGCUUCGCGGACCUCUCCGCGAGCAGCGGCAGCGCUGCCGCUGCUCGCGGAGAGUUGCCGGCAUGCCGAGCCUGCGCGCGCUGAGAUCAGCGCGCCCAGGCUUCGCGGACCUCUCCGCGAGCAGCGGCAGCGCUGCCGCUGCUCGCGGAGAGCUGCCGGCAUGCCGAGCCUGCGCGCGCUGA